CACUACUCCGUGCUAUUACUGUCUUGACAAUCAUUUUGCGUCGAUCUUCCCAGUAUGGUGGCAAGUACUAUUCAGGAGGGAACAGCUCCGUUCCAUUAUUAUAGUCUUCCCCAGCCUGCCCAAACGUGGUACCGAGUCUAUGGCGACAUCAAGGCAGGCACACCAUUAGUAGUUCUGCAUGGCGGCCCGGGCUUUUGCCACAACUACAUGCUGCCCCUGGCUGCACUGGCUUCCGAUCGUGCCGUGAUUUUCUAUGAUCAGAUCGGAAAUGGAUUGUCCUCCCACUAUCCGGAGAAACGCGGCGAUCAGGGGUUUUGGACGGUCGACCUAUUCAUCGCGGAGUUGGAAAACCUGCUUCAGCAUCUGGGAAUUGCUGGCCAGUUUGAUCUGCUGGGUCAUUCCUGGGGCGGGAUGAUGGGGAUGGAUUUCGCCGCUCGUCAGCCGGCUGGACUGCGCCGUCUGAUCCUAUCAAACUCUCCGGCCUCGGUCGCAGUGUGGCUUGAAUCGGUCAACCGACUCCGCGCUACCCUACCCCAAGAGAUUCAAGACACGCUGCAAAAAUGUGAAGCAGAAGGACGGCUCGAUUCUAAGGAAUAUGAAAAUGCAACGGUGGAGUUCUUAUCCCGAUUCUGUUGCCGGACGCAGCCAUGGCCCGAGGAGCUUAUGCAAAGUCUCGUCUGGACCACGGAGAAGGAUUCUACCGUCGCUGCCAGCAUGCUCGGUCCCUCCGAAUUCUGGGUCGAAGGGUCUCUUAAGAAUUGGAGCGCACUGGACCACAUUCAUCGGAUCCAAGUUCCCACUUUGGUGAUCAAUGGUAAAUAUGAUGAAGCGCAGGACAGCGCCGUGGAACCGCUCUUCUGGGGUAUUGAUAAGGUGAAGUGGAUCACCUUGUCGGAGGGUUCGCACUGCCCGCAGUUCGACGACCGCGAGAAGUACCUGCAGGUUGUUGACGAAUUCUUGGGCCGCGCAUAGUGUUGGGGGGUGUUUCUUCGAGAGGGUCGCCUAUCGAUUUUUAGUUUUGAGCUACAAGGGGCCUGAAGAAAGUCCGUGCCGUUAGUUUCAGUUGGUUGCAGGAAACCAACCGACUAGUAUGAGAUGGUUG